UUAGCUCUCUUUUUUUCAUUGUUUUUCUUCUUUUUUUCCUUUUUUUUUUUCAUUAUUCCUUCCCAAAACAACCACCUCUUAACUUUAUAUUAUAUAUACUUUUUGAUAUCAUAUAAUUUUAUAUAUCUUAAUGGAGGAAUCGGGCGAAAAUUGGCCUUCUGAUUCUGAUUUGGGAAAAUGGAAUGAUGCCAUUUUUGAAGAUGGAGAAUCUGAAUAUGUGUGGGAUGAUGAGAGUAAACUCAAAGAAAGAUUCUUGGCACUUUCAGAAGCCAUAGGUUCAAAGAAGAUGGACCGCAAUUCAAUUCUAGUCAAAGCAAGACAAUAUGUGAAAAAACUUCAAAAGCGUGUAAAAGAGUUAGAACAAGAUGUUGAAUCCAAUGUUUCUAGCAACAACAUUUGUCGAACAAAUGCUAAUAUUCUUCCCGACGUGAGAGCCAAAGUAUUAGAAAAAGAAGUUUUAGUCACAAUCCAUUGUGAGAAACAAAAGAAUGUUGUGCUCAAAAUACUAACCCACCUUGAAAAUCUUCAUCUUUUAGUAGUGAGUAGUAAUGUCUUGCAAUUUGGAACAUUCACCAUUCACAUCACCAUUGUUGCCCAGAUGUGUGAUGGAUGCAGCAUUACAAUGGAUGAAUUAGUGAAAAGUCUCAUAAUAGUGAUCAUGGCAAAGUAGCAUGUGUUAGUUACGUAUGAAACAAGUGUAAUAUUGGUUGUAAUUUUGUUUUAUUGUCAUUAUGUAGUUGCGGUAUUUUAUUUAUAUUAUG